ACUAUUGGAAGACCUUGGGCACUGUCACUGUCACUGUCACUGUCCUAUUCAAGCCGCAGCCGGAAGAGAAAUGUCCACAUGAAUCUCCGCCACCCAGCGGGAACUCAUUGUGUCUUAAAAAGCACGCUCGAGCUCGCGUUUGGGUUUCUUCGUGUGUCGUGGCUCGAGAGCUCGUCAGAGCUGGCAUGGUUGAGGACCCAAAACCGACAGAAAGGCCGUGCCCGAUCUCAAGCCCGGUUUCGAAUUGUACACCGUCCUCCGAACGGAACGACUCUCUCGAAUGGACCCGUGCAGCUGCUGAUUUGCUGCCGGAGCAGCUGAGAGGUCGUCAGAGAGGCAGGACGAGGGCUUUUCAAGGGACCUGAUUUGGUUUCGGGGCGAUCUUCGGAGGCUGUUCAGCUAAAUUCGAUUCGAGUAGGAACUCGGGUAGUAAGGUUGAAGUCUGAUGGGUGUCGGAGAUGGCUAGCUUCUGAAGACGAGCAGCACAGGGCGAGGCAACGCAUGCGAGAAUUUUUUCGGUCGACGUGAUCGCUACAAAUUGCUCUGAGUGCACGGUGCUUGUCAAAUUGAUGUGAUUCGACCUUCUCACGAGUCACGCAGCGGAGGAUGAAAGUAUGGGACUAGGGUUAGUUGAAAGGCAUUGAAGAGGAGGAGGAGUGAGAAUUGGGGCAGCCUGCGAUGGAUGAUGCACAAGGCAUCGUUUUGCUGGCCUUGCAACGAGCAGGGGUGGAGCUUCCGGACGAUGUUCACAGCGUCGGAGACCUGCGCCCCAAGCAGCUCAUGCCAAUUUAUGGCCAUGCAUUGUCCCUGCUGCGAGGAUCGCCUCUGCCAGAACUGCCCGCCGAAUUCCCCCAGCAGCGAGCCGAGCGAUUUCGAGUUUGUGCGGACUUAGUUGCCGCGUUCCAGCAGCUGGGCUAUCGUGGAGAGCUCAGCUUCCAUCAGGCCUGGAGCCGGAGCAGAGAGUGAUGACGGCCGAUGGGUGCUACUAGUGCAUGCAGUUCCUGUACCCUUCUGAAGCGGAUACGCAUCGGCUGCUGCGGUUCCUGCUCGACAAGCUCUCUCAGACAUCUUCGGCUGCAGGCAGAGGACGUGGGGCUCGUAAAGGGCGAGCGGCUGGUCGAAUUGGAGUCGAUGACUUCGGUGGCUCGAAGAUCAGUGCAACUGUGCGGCAUGCUCUGUCUGUCUGCUGGGAUGAAGCAAAUUCAUCAGGAUCAGUGGGAGAUGGCAAGGACGAUGCACAGAUGCCAGGGUUCAGAGUUGGAGGUGAGAGCUUCAGUGGACCGAUUGAUAGCGUCGAGAAGGUGAUCGAAUGGGGCAUCCCUUUUCGGGCCUGUCCCAUUCGACUUGCGUCUCAAAGAGUCAAGAAACAACCGCCCUUGAUCACCUUGCAAGCCAAACCCAGAACCUAUUUGGUCCCCUCGAUUCUUGAGCUCAAUUCCAGGAGUGCCGAGAAGUCUGCCAGGCUAGCAGAUGCUCAGCUUGCCCAUCUCGCAAGACAUGCCGACAAAUCUCUAACCCCUUCCGCAACAACUGAUAAGAAGGUCAUUACUCACGGAGUGUUGUUAGUGAGCAAAGAAGCAGCAACUGAUGAUAGGAGAUUGGAAGGAAAGCUCGCACGGGAUAGUUCAAGCUCAUUAGACGACGAAUUGCGUCUGCCAGAAGCAGCCGAGGCGAGAGAGAGGACUGAGAUCUCGAGGCUUGAAAAUCAGCUCUCUGCUCUAACUCUUCAGGCUGAAAAGGCAAAAGAAGAAGUAGACGCAGUAGAAGAGAAGGCCUCGGAGCUGAAGAAGAAGAUUGAGACAAGCAGCGCAGAAGCAAUUGUCUUGGAGGAGAGGCGCUUACUAUUGGAAACAGCUGUAAACUUGGCUCUGGACGAGUCAAGGUCGCCAGAGGACGUUUUGCAAGAACUUGAACUUGUGGUGAAGGAGGGAGAUGAGCGGCUUUUGGCUCUUCAAGCUGAGUGGGACGCAGUUAGAUCCCGUUUGGAAGAACGAGUUGCGGAUGCUGAUAAAACUUAUGAAGCCCGAAAUUCAGAGAUUCAAAGCAAGCUACAGAAGAUGAGGGAAAUGCGUCAGGAAGUGAAAGACAUGACGGCAAAAAUGUGGGCAAGGGAAGCGGAGGAAACGCAAUUCUUGGGGGAGGUAGAGAAACUGGCGAAGGGAGCUUCUCGAGCCACUUAUGUCAGGCGAAUAACGGAGCUCGUCCGAAACAGCAAAAAGCAAGAUGCAGACAUAGCACGCAUCAUUCAAGAUACACGAGAAUUGCAGAGAGAGAGCAACAUGUCCCAAGAUAAACUCCGGCGUCUUCAUGCUCUUGUUGAUGAAACCGUUUUCAGAGAUGCGAAGAAGGACCCAGUUUGCAGACAAGCGUAUAAAUUGCUCAGUGGUCUUCACAUCAACUUUGAGAAUAUCAUUGAAAAAGUUCUUGAAAUGGACAAAGUUGGUCGGGAAAUCUCAGAGUUGCAAGCCAAACUAGAGGAACUUGAGAAGCGACCAUUGGACGCAGCAAGUGUGGAGGCAGAUUUGGAUGCAAUAGUUGCUGAAAAUAGGGCUUUGGAGAGAAGACUCGGUGAUCUUGGAGGUGCUUCUUCACACAGGCUUCAGUGAGCAACUGAGGGAAUUUAGAUGCAACUUUAAGUGAUGGAUCAGACCAGAAAAUGCUAUGCUUUGCUUAAAAUGAGUGCUCACGAUAGCAGUGGGCCGCGGAUUCUGUGCUCUUCCUUGAGCUAUGUUUGUCUUAUGCCAGACAACAAGCUUCUCGAGCUGGUGUAGAACACGUUGCAACUUGAAUCAGUUGAAUCAGUGCUGCCCAUGGCCAUAGAGGCAGUGACAAAAUUACCCGCCACUGUUGACAAGACUGUCAAGCCUCUCCGAUGUUGCACAUGACGCAUACACAUGAGGUACUGGUACUUUGGAUGGUGGACGCGAGGUUAUCACCGAAGAUCCUUUUCCGCCAAAGAGUGCAGUGACUUCCGAAGGCUCCUCACAGACUUGUAAAUGAAGCUUUUUUGCAGAUGUUUAACUUCUAAUCCUUCCAUCCCGAAGGGUUUUGGCAUGUUCAUUAGCGAACACUUAUUUUUUCUUGUUUCGAAUCAUUCAAACCUGUUCUACAUUCUAGUUCCUGUGAUGCCUUGGGGUUG